AUGCAGGUCCAGUUUGGACUCAGUGUCUUGCUGAUUUCCUUGACCGCUGCAGAAGAAGCCAAAGAAGAUGCAGAUGACUUGCAAGCUGAAGAAACAGAGCAAGGUGACUUGCAAGUCGCCGAAACCGGUCAUGGUGGGGGCUACGGGAAAAGCUAUGGGUCUGAUCACGGCUAUGGUCAAUACGGAGGAGAUUAUGGUCAUGGCGGCAAACACCUUAAAGGUUACGAUGAUUAUGGCGGUAACCACGGCUAUGGCAAGGGAGGACACUAUUAUGAUAAGUAUGGCAAAGAUCGUCUUGGGUACAAUAAAGACGGGGGGCACUACGGGAAGAGAUAUGGAGACGAUCAGUAUGGCGGAUACGGACAAUUAGGUGGUAAAUUUGGAGACGAUUACUACAGCGCCUACGGCCACAAGAAACGCGGCCACAAGAACGUGCUUCAUAAGGAACUGUACAACGACGACAAAGUGUAUUACGACGACUUCCAUGACGGAGACUAUGGGAAGAAGUACAAGGACUACCACAACUAUUUUGACCACCACGGCGGUAAAAAGUACAAGGACUACGACAACACCAACUACCACGGUGGAAAGAAAUACGGUGACGACUUCCAUAAAUACGGCAAGGGUGGAUACGACGAUUAUUACGGCAAAGACUACAACGAUGGAGGCAAGUAUUACAAAGGAGGACACGGUUACAAACAUGGCGGAGGUGGUUACAAAAAAGGUAGUUACGGCGGUACUGGGGGACACGGCGGUGGUUACGGUGGGCAUGGCGGCGGUUUUGGAGGCAUUGGCGGUGGUUACGGUGGGCAUGGCGGCGGUUUUGGAGGCAUUGGCGGUGGAUAUGGUGGACAUGGCGGCGGUUUUGGAGGCAUUGGCGGUGGUUACGGUGGGCAUGGUGGCGGUUUUGGAGGCAUUGGCGGUGGUUAUGGUGGGCACGGCGGUUAUGGUUACCAUUGA